GGGCUCUUACACAAGUUGUCAGAAAAAAAGAAGAAGUAAAAUAGAAAGUAGGUUAGCUGAGCUGAACAAACAAAAAUACAAAGAGAGAAAAGUUGUUUGGGUUGUUUCGUAAUCUAACAGUUAGCAUCUUAUUAUGUUCCAAGACAUUCUUUUAUAUAUAAACAGAUGGUUUGGUUUAUACUUGGCUUACCUUCAACCGAUCGAUUCAAGUCUUGUGCAUUGUCAUAAAAUAAAUUGUCCUGACAAAUAAAUAGCAGAAUAAAUUAUUGGAUAUGUUCAGUGACUGUCUGUAUUAUUAAGAAAUGCAGGAACACGUGAGUAGAGGUUGCAAAAGAAAGAGUCAAGAAGGUGGCAGAGAAGCGGACCACACCAAGUAGAAGUGUGUGUUCUGUUGAUUUCGCCACGCAAAGCCAAAAGAGACUUAAACUGAAACGGCCGAAACGAAUCUUAAAUGAAGAUUAAACUCUGUUCUCUCUCUCUCUCACUCUCUCCUUUUCUCACUGGCUGGGCUCUCUGCCCCAAGUCACCACCCUUUCUCUGCAAAAACGUCUGCUUCUUACCCUAACAUAUGUCUCCCUUCUCUCUUUCUCUCUCCACACAACGAUCCAUUUUCUAUUAUUAUCACCCUCAUCCAUCACACUCUUUUAUUUACCACUCUUGCCACACAGAACCUUCUUCUUCUUCCUCAUCUUUAACAUAUGUCUGAGUUUACUACUGUUUGAAAAAUGGGGGAGACUAGGAGACAUUCUGUAGAUGUUCCCAUCACAAGAACGCUCGUGGCUCUUAGAAGAGUUCGGUCACUUAGAGAUCCUUGCACCAACUCAAUGAGCAAGUUUGCUUCUUUGCUCGAAAACGUCAAAUGGGAAACUGCUUCCAACAAUGGCAUCUCACUCCAGUUUGUGAACAAUGAUGGUCCUGUGGGUUUGAUUCCUUUUCAAUCAUACUCGAUCAUGGAGGAGCUAGAGAAAGGCUGCGACCUUCACAAGGUGCUCAAUGCUGAAGGAGACGCUGGCUCCACCAAGCCAGCUAGCUCGCUUAGUGAUUACGGUAGUCCAAUGACCUCAGCAAAUCAUAGUUAUAACGAUGAAGAUGUUGAUUAUGCGAACGAAUGCAACCGCGGCUGCGGAAUAUCCUCUUGCUGGUCAAAAACACCUAGGUACAGAGGAUCAUCAAACCAGUCCUCUGACGUAGAAGAUCAUCAUCCUCUACUCUCUAGUAACAACGAGAGCAAUGCUGCGACACCGAGGAGUCACGAAACUGUUACGUCAAGAAGUCUAACUCAGAAAUACAGACCAAAGUCUUUCGACGAGUUAGUAGGACAAGAAGUCGUAGCCAAACGUCUCUUGACCACCGUUCUAAGAGGAAGAGUCACUUCUCUUUACCUCUUCCACGGUCCUCGCGGCACGGGUAAAACAUCAACCUCUAAGAUAUUCGCUGCUGCUUUAAACUGUCUCUCACAGGCACCACAUAGUACUAGAAGACCGUGCGGCUUGUGCAGCGAACGCACUUCCUACUCGGAGAUAGACUCGGUUAAACUAAACCGGCCUAGCUACCUCAGGUCUCUCAUCAAAACCGCGUCUCUUCCUCCGGUCUCAUCUAGAUUCAAUGUUUUUAUAAUCGACGAGUGUCAGUUACUGUGUCAAGAAGCUUGGGGAGCUCUCUUGAACGGUUUGGAGAAUGUCUCUCAGCGUUCGGUUUUUAUUCUGGUCACGUCAGAAUUAGAGAAGCUGCCGCGUAACGUUCUCUCGCGGUCUCAGAAGUAUCAUUUCUCUAAAGUGUGCGACGUGGAGAUAUCGAGAAAGCUGGUAAAGAUUUGUGUGGAAGAAGGUAUUGAGUUUGAUCAGGGGGCUGUUGAUUUCAUCGCUUCUAGAGCUGAUGGUUCGCUUCGUGAUGCUGAGAUAAUGCUUGAUCAGUUGAGUUUGAUUGGUAAAAGAGUAACAACGUCUUUGGCCUACAAGCUUAUUGGGGUUGUUUCUGAUGAUGAGCUGCUUGAUUUGCUUGAUCUUGCAUUGUCUUCUGAUACUUCGAACACGGUUAUAAGGGCGAGGGAGCUUAUGAGGUCUAAGAUAGAUCCAAUGCAGCUUAUUUCGCAGCUAGCUAAUGUCAUUAUGGACAUUAUUGCUGGAAAAUGUCAAGAAAGUAGUUCAGCAACCAGACUUGGGUUUCUUUCAAGGCAUAGCUCUGAAGAAGAAAUUCAGAAAUUGAGUAACGCGUUGAAGGUACUUUCUGAUGCUGAGAAACACUUGAGAGCAUCUAAAAACCAAACAACCUGGCUCACUGUGGCACUUCUGCAACUUAGCAACACUGAACCGUCUUCUUUUGCAACUAAUGAAAAUGAAGUGUGUUUAAAAAGACAAAGAAACAAAGAUGUAGACCUCUCCAGCACAUCAUCGGAUUAUCCUGGUGAUGUGGUUAAAUCAGAAACCGAAGAGUGUCAAGAGAAAAACUGUAAAGAAACAGUUGAAACUGUGUGGAAAACGGUCAUAGAGUUGUGUUGUUCAGAUUCACUAAAGAGAUUUUUGUCGAAACGAGGGAGGUUGACUUCUCUUAUCAUUGACAAAGGUGUGGCAAUAGCUGAAUUGGAGUUCUACACACCUAAACAUGUAACAAGAGCCGAGAAAUCAUGGAAAACGAUUGCAGACUCGUUCCAGUCCGUGUUAGGAUGCAAUGUUGAGAUCCAAAUGAAUCUUGUUAUCUCUGCGUGUUCACCACCAAAGAGUGCUAAAGCAGUUGCUAGUCUUUUCUUUGGACUUUUCAGCUGUUCUCGUAGACUGCUACACAGGUCUUAUCCGACUACUACUAGAACAGACUACGAUUACGCAACUAAGGAGCAAGUAGUUACAAAUUCUCUGAGAAGUUGCCAGGGAAAUCUCUUGAGGGCUCGUAGUGUGCGUUCUUCAGCUAAUGCAUCGUCUAGAAUGAGCAGUGCGAGUGAUCAAGGCGAUGCAAAUUCUGCUCUAGGUGACAAAAUACCAGAAGAUGACGCUAAUGUGUUGUGUUGGAGGAGGACUCCCCUAGGCAAGGGUGAGGAAGAGACACAGAACAACAAGAGCUCAAGGCUAAUUGGCCGUGUCCUUCCCUGCACUGAAGCUAGUUAAGUGAGCUUGAUGACAUUCCCAUUUUGUGGAACCUUUAGCUAAUCAAUUGAGACAUGUUAUGGGACAAGUUGUCGUAAAUAGUUGCAUAAUGUUGUUUGAAGACCAUAUAUAUAUAGAUAAACAUAUACGUAACUUUUAAGGGAGAAGAAACAGUAGUAUAGCGCUUUCCUUAUGGUAGCAAGGCAGCAAGUGCUAGAACCUUUAAUCAUCCUCCUCCUCCACCGCAUGCAACGUUUUUUGUCUAUUAUAUCAUCAGUUACAUGAUUA